CUAUCAUGUUUUAAGUGUUGGUAACUUUGAAACAAAGGGAAUAUAUACCGACUUUGGAAGAUUAAUGUAUUCCAAGUUUCCCUGUAUUGGACACUCUGCCACAAAAGAUCCUUGGGGAUACUUCAACAAAAAGUUGUCACAAAAAGUAAGACACAUAAGGUGGAGAUGGAAUGCAAGAGGAAAGGCUGUUGAACACACAGCAGAGAAAAAGCCAAAAGUGUGCUUGAAAAAAGUCUCCUCAACAGAUGAGAGAAUGACCCUAGAAGAAGCAGAAAAUGUACUGAUGGAGGAAUUUAAAAAACCAACCAAACUAAGAGACAAUGCACUUAUUGCUAAGACUCAAAGAGAUACAUUAAAACAGAGAAGAUUGUUUAUAGAAAAAAGACAUGGGGGAUCUGUGGAACAUCUCAUCAAGAAGUUUCCAUUUCUAGGAAAAGCUGCGUUUAUUGAGAAGGAGUUUUUCCUUAUCAAACAAAACCUGAAAAAAGAUGCUAUUUUGGCUCACUGGGAUGAAGUAAUGAGAAAAGUGUCCCAAAUAUUCAUGGAGGAAAACUCAGACUCUAUUCCAGAAGUUACAAUAAAGCUUUUGAACAGAUUGGAGGAAUCAAUCAAGUACAAGCAUGGUACCAAACAGCUUCCCUUGAUUACAUCGUGCAAGGCAAGUGAGUGGAAAGGUUCAAAAACAAAGCAUGACGACCCACCAAGAUUAGUUGCAGUUCUCAACCAAAGGAACGAGAUUCAAAAUAUGUAUAUUGUGGGAGCAGGCCAGGAGGUUGACACAAAUGUGGGAAUACUCAGGGAUGGACUAUUACGAUUGAUUUACUCCUACUAUGCAUGGGAUUUGUCAUAUCCAAAACAUUUUCAACUUCUGGGCUUUUUGCAACAUUACAUAUUAGAAGACAGGGAGAAUAAAUUUUUUGUUUCCCAAAACUACAUGAAAUUCUGCAAGCGUCUUGACGCUACACAGUGAAUCAUGCUACUGUAGAAUCUCAUUAUUUCUAGUUCAAAUUUCUACAUUUUGUACUAUUUGUUGACAAAACCUGACUUUGUUGUAAGCAAGAAAACACCAUUGGUUUGUUGUUAUAAAUUGGUUUCAAUCUACAUUUCAAUGGAUUUGUUUCAUUUGAAUGAAAUAUUAGUAAACAUAGGUGUGUUUAAUUAUGUUUGCUUUAGACAUACUUUGUAGUCAAUUAUGAAUAUGUUUUUGUCAUUUCUUUUUGCAUGUUCUACAAAAAUGUUAACUGGUGUGAAACAUUCCUGUUUACUAGUAUAUCAGAUCUAAAAAGAUACCAAGAUAUAACCUUUUGAGGAUAAGGUUCAAUGUUAUGUUACUUAUGUCAAAUGUAUUGACUCCUAUUAA